UGGUGAAAGGCUCAAGGUUGUCUCUGUUGUUGGAUUUGGAGGAUUGGGCAAGACAACUCUGGCUAAAGCCGUGUAUGACAAGCUUAAAAAGAGUUUUGAUUGUGCCGUUUUUGUUCCAGUGGGUCAAAGUCCAGACACAAAGAAAGUUCUUAGGGAUAUCCUCCUUGAACUUGACAGGGAGCUGUACAAAGCUUCAGCGACAAUGGAUGAAUGGCAGCUGAUCAACCAGCUGCAGACGUUCUUAGUAGGCAAGAGGUACUUCUUUGUGAUCGAUGACAUAUGGGAUAUACGAACAUGGGAAAUGAUUAAAUGUGCUUUCAUGGACAGUCAUCCAGAAAGUAGAUUAAUCAUAACUACUCGUCUUGUUGAUGUUGGCACAAAAGCUGAUGGUAUCUACAACAUGGAACCACUUUCUAGUGAUAACUCAGAAUUAUUAUUCUAUACAAGGACAUGUGGUGGUGAAGGACUAACUUCAUCUAACCAACAUGUUGAGGUGACUAACAAAAUUUUGAAGAAAUGUGGCGGUGUGCCAUUAGCUAUCAUUACAAUUGCUAGCUUGCUUGUUGGAAAGCAGAGUGAGGAUUGGUCUAAGGUGUAUGACGCCAUUGGUUUUGGGCAUGAGGACAGCGAAGUUGUUCAGAACACAAGAAAGAUAUUGUCUUUUAGUUAUUAUGAUCUACCUCC